UUACCAUAAUUGAAACUAUAGUAGCUACCAUAAUUGGCUGGCGAAUUAAUGGUAAGCUACUAUAGAUGGCAUUUUCCAUUGCAUAAAAAGAGUAGUAAGCUACUAUAAUAGCAACGUCAUUGAAUCGAUCGAAACAAGCAGGCGCAUGCGCAGAUCGGCGAGCGGGAUGUUUAUUUUUUGUCGACCGUCUGCUACUGUUCCGAGAAACCGAAGUUCAGUGUGGUGCAAUGGCGUCCCCAACUAACAAACAAACAAAGAGGAGAGGAAACUACAGCGAUUGCCAAAUCGAGCAUCUAUGCAGGUUUGUCCAGGGAAAAUGUGCCAUCCUAUUCGGCAAGGCAGGAAACUGCAGCGAACGGGUGCAGGAGAGGAAGAAAAGGGCGUGGGAGGAGGCAGCCAUCACCAUGGCGGGCAUGGGUUGCCCCAACCGGUCGGGCAAGGACCUGAGGUUGUUGUGGAACGACCUCAGGUCAAAGGCCAAAAAAUAUAGAGACAGCCGCAAUAAGACGGGUGAGUCUUUUUGCUUAAAAAUAAAAAUUACGAUGUGAAAUAAAAUCUGUGCCACUUUACAAUUAUUUUGUUGUUAUCUGUCUUUGAGUUUUGCAUAGAAAUUUAUUACACAGCUCAAACAGAAUUUUUUUAAAGGCCAAG